GAUCCUAGAAAAUUUACUCGUAAUCAAGUCGCUAAAAGUCGUCUACUUUCUACAAUGACCUCUAGUUCAUCAUACGGGUUCCCUCUUCCACCUUCACAACCACAAAAGAAGGAAUCUUCAACACAAAUCUAUUUUGAAGGCCGUCCGUUACCAGAUCAUUUAAUAAGCUUUUCUUCACCGAUUGGAAAAGAGCUUUUUAAACAGGCACUUAUUGAGGGCUAUGCAGAAGGUUACCUUAACCUGUCUAGUUGUUUUGCACAUCAAAUGGAUCCCGCUUUUUGCGGGUUAAGCUCUUUAUCAAUAGUCCUAAACGCUUUACAAAUUAAGGGUGCACCUAUAUGGAAAGGUCCGUGGCGCUGGUGGUCCGAUGAACUUUUGAAUUGUUGCACACCUAUAGAAGAAGUUAAGAAAAAUGGUAUCACUUUUUCUCAAUUCGCGUGUUUAGCAAAAUGUCAUUGUGAUGUUAUUGUUAAACGCGCAGAUCGCACAUCAAAGGAAGAAUUCAUUGCGGACUUGAAGAAUGUUUGUUCAAGUUCAGAUGUUUAUAUGGUGAUUUCAUUUUCCAGAGCUGCUAUGAAACAAACUGGUGAUGGUCAUUAUUCACCUAUUGGAGCAUACAAUUCUGAGAAGAAUAUGGCUUUAGUACUAGAUACCGCAAGGUUUAAAUAUCCAUCUUAUUUUGCAUCUGUAGAUUUGUUAUAUGAUUCCAUGUUACCCUUGGAUAAAGAAACAGGUCUUUCACGCGGUUAUUUUCUUCUCUCAUCCAAUCCAUCACACAGGGCAAUUUCACUCUGUAAGCUGUCUUCAGUAGGAAAUGAUCCUGUGGUCAAUUGGACUGCACUUGGCAAGACAUUUUGUAAAGAUAUUCCAGAACGCUUACUAAUAGAAAAACCAAAAACGUUAGAAGAGGUGGCAAGUGUGGUUUUAACUGAUCCAUUUAUAAUAUCUCUUCAACAUGCUUUACGAGCUGAUAUUGAAAAUCUUAAAGAUGAAAUAUCUGAACCUGACGAAAGCCAUACUCUACUCAAUGAUAUUAAAAUGACUGCAUUGUAUCCUAUUGUUCGAUCUAUCUUUCAGAAAAUGCAACAAAAUUCAUCAUUUGAUCAUUCUAGCGAAAAACAAGUUGUUUUUGCUACGCUUUUUCUUCUUUCUUCUCCGUCCAUGUUAUUUAAAAGUUUGGAACCAGAAUUAGCCAAAAAAUUGGAAUUUUACCGUGAUCGUACAAAUAUGUCAUCUACCUUAAAGUAUGAGGUGGAGCGAGUGAAUGAAGAAAUGAAAGAAUUGAUCAUGAACUUUUGCAUUUGUGGGACGGAGAAAGAACCAGGGACGAAUGUUUUUUGUUGCAAUGGAAGUAACUAA